AUGGCCCCUCCAAAAAGUCAAGUAUGGAAAUACUUUAAGAAAAAAGAUGUAAAUACAGUGUCGUAUACCAUUUGUUUUAAAAGUUACAAGCAUUCCGGGAAUACGACCAAUCUCUUGAAACACCUCAGACAACAUCCCCAAACUCAAAAAGAGAAUAAAAGUAAAAGAGAUGUUAAAUCAUCUACAUCUGCUGCAUCUACGUCUGCUACAUCUUCGUCUCCUCCAUAUACGUCUGCUGCAUCUACAUCGGCCGCAUCUACGUCUGCUGCAUCUACGUAUACGGCAUCUGUCAAUAUUAGUUCUCGGAUGAUACAAGAAACGCCUUCUACAAGUUUUGGAGUUGUUAAAGAAGUGCAGGGACAACAGUUACUAGCAGCUAAGGACAUUAAACGACCUUACACAAUAUCUGAUGCCUUUCAACACGUCAGUUCGUUUAGUGAAGGUGGACCACGAUAUGCAGCAAUAACUUACUGCAUACUAUAUUUCAUUUGCCGUGACAGACGUCCAUUUCAUGUUGUUAAAGGUGAAGGAUUUUGUCGUCUUCUUAAGACACUAGCUCCAGCAUAUAAAAUACCAUCUGAAUUUAAAAUAAAACAAUUGCUGGAUGAGAAAUAUACUGCAGUAUAUAAAGAAAAGUUUAAAGAAGUCAGCGCAUUUUCAGUAACAUGUGAUGUCUGGAGCGAAAUGAUGACAUGCAAGAGCUUUUUGGGAGUAACCCUUCACUAUCUGUAUGGAACAGUUCUAAAAUCUUCCAUAAUUGCUACAAGGGAAUUGUCAGAAAGCCACACCAGUGACUAUCUUGGAGAACAGCUGGUGGAUAUUUUAAGCACAUGGACAAUUGAUUUGAAAAAAAUUGUUGCUGUUGUUACUGACAAUGGUGCCAAUAUGGUAAGGGCAGUUGCAAAAGCCGAAAACUUGGGGAAAAAUAAACAUCCCCUGUUUUGCUCAUACAGUAAACUUAGUGGUGGAGUGUGUAAUGGGGAAUGCAAGUGUUUCUCCAUUAAUAUAGAAAAUUCGAGAUAUAGUGAAAUGGGCAAAGAAAAGUGUGCGUGUUCAAAACCCUACAUUUUAAUGAUGACAAUAGAAAAGUCAUCAUCAAGUGAUUCGGAAGAUGAAAAAGGUAAUUAUGAUUUUUGGAAGCAUCAUAAGUUAUUGGCUCAUGGCCAUGGAAAAAAGAGAAGUAGACAGAAUAACGAACUCAGCCAAUAUUUGUCAAACCCUGUAUCGUCUUUGUCUUCUGAUCCUCUCCUUCAGUGGGAGGAUAUGAAAAGCAUUUUUCCCUCUUUGUAUAAGGAGGCUAGAAAACAUUUUUGUAUUAUGGCAACUUCUGUUCCUGCUGAGAGAUUAUUCUCUAAAGCAGGAGCAACUAUGUCAAAAGACAGAAAUCGUCUUCUUGGAAAGAGAUUGGAAAAGUUGCUUUUUUUGGGAGAUUGCGAUGAAAUAUGCAUGAAAAAUAAGCUAUUCCAUCUAGUUUCGACUUCUUGUACUAGUUUAAGUUCCGGUUCACCUGAUCUCUUUGGAUUCCUACUCAAUAUGUCAUUUGCCAAUGUGCUGCUGUGA